CUGAACAGGGUGAGGGCACAGACAUUCAGUGUCUUCCUUCGACACACUAAAAGCGAAGCGACCCAAUCCAAUGGAGCCACGGGAGGUCUAGGCGGCAACCUGCAGGAGCGCUGGUUGAUUGGCGGCCGGGAGGCGCUAGCCAACGUCACUUUACGCGGCAGUUCCCCAACAGGAGGGGCCCUCUUCUUUCUUCUUUCCAGGCACACUUCCCCUAGAGGAGGGGCCCUCUUCUUUCUUCUUUCCAGGCACAAGCACUUGUUCACAGUCGUCCGUUCUACUGCAGCGCAUCUCGUGGUAGCAACACGAACACCUUGCUGUCGGGAAGACGCAAACACUCAUUCAAGCGACGAGGCAGGAGCCGCAGCCACUCGGGUGACACAGAGGAACACGAACAAGCAAGACAGCGGCGGACAGCAAGCGAGCAAGCAAACAAACAUUCCUGCGAAAGUGGAAGCAAUUCAGGCGGCUAAGCCAGAGGCCACGAUGACAAGCUUAGAAAUGGACAUUCUAGGGGAAGUCUCGUUCAAAAGGUGGUUGGAGGGCCUUGCGUGCGCUGGUGUUGGUGUAAUGCUUCAGGACGGCGGGAUCGGUGAGUGGCCUGCGAGAGACCACGUGGAGGGUUGGGCGACACACGCAGCGCUGGCCUUUCAAGUUCGUGAGCUUGGGAACUGGAAGAAGUUUUUUGAAGCAGUCAUGAAGAUAGGCGAAGGCGAUUCGUGUACAGUCACCAUGGGCUCAACGGUAUGGCGAGAAUCUGGAGGGAGUGAUAGAAGCCAAUUCCAUGCAGUGCUGAUUGCAGCCCCUCGGGAGCUGAUGGGCAAGGUCUGGGAAACCUGUUUUGGUAAAGAGGCUGGAAAUAAAUCUAAUGCAUUUGGUGUUAUAGAUAAUGUGUUCUUUGGCUUGGAUAUGACAACGGAGGAAGUGGCAGCACUACAUGUGAAACCAGCAGGGUUGGAGGACUGGUUUUUUUUUACGUUGGCAGUACCCGUUAAGCAUGGGAGUUGUUUGUCGUAUACGACUUUUUCGUUCUUACGUCGGAGUGGUCUAUUGCCUGCGCAUCUCGUCCACUUUUAGUCAAGUAAGAGUGUAGUAAGUAGCUAGGGACAACGACAGUUGGCCAAGUCACUCUGGACUCGAGGUUAGAACAUUGAAUGAGAUGUAUACACUGCAAACGCUACGUUAAACAGGCUUAAAAGGUUUAUGGAAGAACUUUAGACCUAGUAACUACAUAAAGAAAUAAAGAAACACUGAAGUUUGAAUAUGCU